AUGAGUGCAGAGGCAAGCCCCUCCCGAGGGGCAGUGGAGGAACCAGAAGCAGCUGUGGAUGGCAGAGUUGUGCCAGAGACAAUGCCUGCCAAGGGAGUGGACACGACACAGGCAGCAGCUCCAGGCGAGGCAAGUGGCACGGAGGCGGCAAAAGACGGAGCUGGUAGUGGCAGGGGGAUUGAUAACCAGCAGGCAAAGGUGCUUUCAACACCGCCCCCAGCAGUGGGCCCUUGUCAAGCGUCACCCCAUGUGCGCAAGUCUCUCGACACUGCCUUGAAGGCAGUGGCCAGCCAGGUCUCAGCAUCUCCAGCAAACACCCAGCCCGCACCUGUGGUGCCUCCGGCGCCAGCGCUGCCGCCUGGACAGGAGGGCAAUGUGACGCAGCUCACAGACAUCCUCCUGGCCAAGCUCAUCACUAGCCUGUCCGACAGCGCCCUCGGCAACCCUGCCCUGCUCCUGCAGACCCUGCUGGGCUUCUCCCCAGAGGACUACAACGACCUGCUGGCGGCCCUCUCCGAAUCGGGCUGCAGCUACGUGGACAUCAUCGCGGCCUACCUGCACAACAUCCGAGUGAUGUCCGAGGAUGCUGGCAGCACUUCUGCGGCGCUGUCGGGCACACUCACCCGCUCCCUGAUCGAGCAGUACAAUGCGCUGCUGGCCCAGGCGCUGAGAACGCCCCGCAAUGGCAUGGCGCGGCCAGGCGGUGUGGGGGACAUGCUGGGUCAGGGGUCGCAGGAUUUGGGGCUUAAUCCAGCGAAUGGCAGCAUCAGCGGGAGGCCACCCCCCGGGGCUCCAAACAGGCGGUCCUUUGACAACGCCAUGAACAGGGGCCCUUCGGGGUUGGGCUUUGGCAGGAGGUCUCUGGACAGUGCCCGGCCCCGGCCACCAAUGCUACUGGACCCCCAGGGCCGGGGCGUUGGGCUGCAGGGGAUGAUGCAGGGGGAGCACACCGGACUGGCUCAGGCAGGGGACGCCCCACACCAGAAGCAGCCAGCCUCGAUCGACCUGGGGCAGAUGCUGUCUGGUAGCGAUGUCCCUUCACCCGCAAUGGCCAGCCAGCCAGGCAUGAACCCCUUGAUGCUGCACCCACAGGUCUUAGCUGGCCACACACCUGAGCAGCUGGCCAGCAUUUUGGAGAAUGUGCACUUGCAGCAGGGCCACCCCUAUGUCCACCCUGGUGUCACACUGCCCAUGGCCAAUAAUGCUGUUGGUGGCAGCCACGUCGGCAGCCUGAACCCGGCGAUGGGGGUGGUGGCCCCAACGAUGCCUGCGAUGUCACCGCUGCCAGCGGGCCUGGGUCCCAAUGGGUCGCCUCUUUCCCCAGGAGCUGCACAGGCACUGGCAGGCCACGGGCUUGUGCCACAGUGGACCCAUGCCAGCGGUGUGAACGGCCAGACUCCCCUCAGCCACUUGCAUCUCAUGCAGCAGACGGGAGCAGUGCCACAGGGUUGGGAGCAUAUGUCCACAAUCGACGAGACGAGAAUGGAAGGGAUGCCCUAA